AUGGAGUCAAACAUAAAUGAAAGCAAUAGUUCAAUACAAUCCAAUGUACAAGUUGUGGACACUGAAGUUGAAAACUUGAACAGACCAUUGUGGAGGUAUGUUACUAGAGUUGAGGAUGGAACAAAUGCUGGAGGGAAUAUGAGUUGGAAGUGUAAGUUUUGCCAACUUGAAUACAGAAGUUCAUACACAAGAGUAAAGACCCAUUUGUUAAAGAUCAAAUGUAAAGGGAUUGGAGUGUGUAAGAAGGUUAAGCGGGCAUCUUUGAUGGAAAUGGGAAAAUUGGAAGAGGAAUAUUCUGAAAGGGUGAAGAAUAAUGCAUCGAGAUCUGUUCCUUUACCACCCAGUAACUUUUCAACUACAGCUAGUACAUCUGCUAAAAGAAAAAUAAGUGAUGAAGGAACCGCAAAUAUGGGUCCUGUUGAGAGGGCUUUCAAUAUGGGGGAGCGGGAAGAAUUGAAUCAUAUUAUUGCUCGGAUGUUUUAUUCUGCUGGAUUGCCAUUUCAUUUGGCAAGGAACCUAUACUUUCAACAAGCAUUCACUUAUGCUACAAGUCAUAACAUUUCAGGUUAUCAGCCCCCUGGCUAUAACUUAUUGCGAACUACUCUUUUGACUCAGGAGAAGGAUAAUAUUGAUAGGUUAUGUAUCCCAGCCCGAUCUCUUUGGAGAUCAAAUGGUGUGAGUAUUGUCAGUGAUGGAUGGAGUGAUUCCCAAAGGAGGCCAAUAAUUAAUUUCAUGGCAGUAUGUGAUGGUGUAGCCAUGUUUUUAAAAAGUGUUGAUUGUUCUGGUGAUACGAAGGAUAAAUAUUUUAUCUUCAACUUGCUAAAGGAAGUAAUUCAAGAGGUUGGGGUGAAGGUGGUUCAGGUAAUAACGGAUAAUGCUGCUAAUUAUAAGGGUGCAGGGCAGCUUAUUGAGCAAGAAUAUCCGACCAUCAGUUGGACACCAUGUGUUGUUCACACGUUGAAUUUGGCUUUAAAGAACAUUUGUGCAGCCAAAAAUGUGGAGAAUAAUGAGAUUACUUAUGGAGAAUGUAGUUGGAUAUCUAAAAUUAUUGGUCAUGUUUCAACAAUCAAGACUUUCAUCAUGAGUCAUUCUAUGAGAUUGUCCAUGUUUAAUGAGUUUGUGCCAUUGAAGUUGCUUUCUAUUGCUGACACCCGAUUUGCUUCUAUGAUUGUGAUGUUAAAGAGGUUCAAGUUGAUAAAGGCUGGCCUACAAAACAUGGUCAUUUGUGAAAAAUGGAGUAUUUAUAAAGAUGAUCAUCAAGGAAGGGCAAGACUAGUGAAGGAGAAGAUAUUGGAUGAUGAGUUCUGGGCAGAUAUUGAUUACAUCCUUGCUUUCACUACUCCCAUUUACGAUAUGAGCAGAUUUUGUGACACUGAUAAACCUUGUCUUCAUUUGGUUUAUGAUAUGUGGGAUGCGAUGAUUGAGAAGGUAAAGAAUGUAAUAUACUUGAAAGAAGGGAGGAUGAAUGGUGAGUCAUCAACGUUUUAUUAUGUGGUGUAUAAAAUUCUUGUGGAUCGUUGGACCAAAAGUUCAACUCCUCUUCAUUGUUUGGCACAUGCUUUGAAUCCCAAAUACUACAGUGAUCAAUGGCUUGCUGAAGAUCCAAAUCGAGUUUCUCCAGACAAUGAUGUGGAGAUUAAUUUAGAAGUAAAAAAGUUCUUUAGGAGACAUUUUUCUAGUAUGGAGGAAAGGGCUACAGUAAAUUUGGAGUAUGUCAACUUUGUUCAAAUGAAGGGAGAUUUUAGAGAGUUUGAGGCUAUUGAAAAUCGAUAUACAAUGAAUCCCAAUGAUUGGAAUAAAAUUGAUCCCAAACGAGCUGAAGACUUAGUUUACAUACAUAGCAACCUUCGGCUCUUAUCAAGAAAGAGUCCAAAAUAUAAUGAAGGAGAAAGUCAAUAUUGGGACAUUAGUGGAGAUGCAGUUGAUACCUUUAAUGAUGUUGGAGCUUUAGAUGGUGCUGCCCUUUCCCUAGAUGAGCCAGAGUUGGAGGCGAAUAUUAUUAGUAGCACUCCAUAUCCACAUACUAGUUGA